AUGGUAUCUUGCAUGACUGCCAAAUAGUCUGAGAAUCCCAGCAUUGUGAUCUUAAGAGAGGGUACUGAAGACUCUCAAGGCAAGCCACAAAUCAUUUCAAACAUUAACGCCUGUCAGUCAAUCGUCGACGUUGUCAAGACCACUCUUGGACCAAGAGGUAUGGAUAAAUUGAUCCAUCAACAAAGAAGCGUGACAAUCUCAAAUGAUGGCGCUACUAUUAUUCAACUCUUAGAUAUUGUGCAUCCUGCCGCCAAGACUCUAGUUGAUAUUGCCAAGUCACAAGAUAAUGAAGUUGGUGAUGGAACCACUAGUGUUGUUCUCUUCGCUGGAGAGCUUUUGAACCAGAGCAAGCAAUUCAUCGAGGAAGGCAUGCACCCAUCAGUCAUCAUUAAGGGUUACAGAGAAGCCAUGACUAAAUCAAUUGAUAGAAUUAGAGAAUGCUCAAUCAAGAUUGCUGAGGAAGAGGGCAGACGCGAUAUUCUUAAGAAGUGCGCUCAAACUUCUCUCAACUCCAAGAUUAUCUCUAAGUACAAAGAAUUCUUCUCAGAAAUGGUCGUCCAAGCUGUCGAAAUUCUUGAAUCAGACCUCGAUAAGAGUUUCAUUGGUAUCAAGAAAGUCACAGGUGGUUCAGUCACUGACUCUUUCCUCGUUGAGGGUGUCGCCUUCAAGAAGACCUUCUCAUAUGCUGGUUUUGAACAACAACCAAAGAAAUUCGUUAACCCCAAGAUCUGCCUCUUAAAUCUUGAAUUAGAGUUAAAGUCAGAGAAGGAGAACGCUGAAAUCAGACUCGACAGCCCAGAGGACUAUCAAAAGAUCGUUGAUGCUGAAUGGACUCUCAUCUACGAAAAAUUAGAGAAGAUUAUUGCUUCAGGCUCCCAAGUCAUCCUUUCAAAGCUCCCAAUCGGUGAUCUUGCUACCCAAUACUUCGCUGAUAGAGGUCUUUUCUGUGCUGGUAGAGUUCCAAAUGAUGAUCUUUUGAGACUUGCUAAAUCCACUGGUGGUGUUGUCCAAACAACUGUCAACGGACUCACUGAUGAUGUCCUAGGAACCUGUGGUGUUUUCGAAGAGAAACAAUUAGGUAAUGAAAGAUACAACUUCUUCACUCAAUGUAUUGGAACUAAAUCAUGCACUAUUGUCCUAAGAGGAGGUGCUGAUCAAUACAUCGAAGAAGCAGAGAGAUCAUUGAAUGAUGCUAUCAUGAUCGUCAGAAGAGCCGUCAAGGCCAACGCUGUUGUUGCUGGAGGUGGUGCCAUCGAAAUGGAACUCUCUAGAUUCUUGAGAGAGUACCUUAGAUCAAUCAGUGGCAAACAACAACUUGUCAUCAAUGGUUUCGCUAAGGCCCUUGAAAUUAUUCCAAAGACCCUUGCUGAAAACUCAGGAAUGGACUCAACUGAUGUAUUAAAUAAAUUAAGACAAAAGCACACUCAAGACGCUGAAGAUGGAAUCUGGUUCGGAGUCGAUGUCAUCAACGGAAGAUGCGCCAACAUGUACAAAGAGUUUGUCUGGGAACCAGAACUUGUUAGAAUUAACGUAAUCAGCGCUGCUACUGAGGCAGCAUGUACCAUUUUGUCAGUAGAUCAAACAAUUAAAAACCCCAAGAGCGAAUAAUAAUAAGCUGAAGCUGCAGGAAGACUCCAAGGCACUUCACAAUAAGGCAGACCCAGACCACAAAUGGGCAGAGGCAUCAGAGGAAGAGGUGGAAAGUGA